AUGGAAGUCCACUAUUCAUUGCCCGCCUCGCGGCGGAGGUAUAAGGGUGGGUAUGAGCGCCUCCACGGCUCACUCGCUCCAACUCGAGAGCGACUACUUCGCAGACGAAGUGUGCACAUUGCCGUCAUGGUGCUUUCAUUGACUGCCAUUGCCGCUUUCUUGGUCUCUGGCUCCUUGGCCAAUAUAUCCAUUCUCAAUACGCCUGGCUCUUCCUGUGACUCCGUACAGCAUGGCUACCAAUGUCAGCCUGAGAUCUCGCAUUUUUGGGGUCAAUAUAGCCCAUUCUACAGCGUAGACUCCGCCAUUUCUAGCGAUGUGCCACCAUCUUGCAGCAUCACAUUCGCACAGAUUCUGUCACGGCACGGUGCCCGUGAUCCAACUGCAACAAAGACGAAAGUCUACAAUGCAACUAUCCAAAAAGUCCACGCCAAUGCAAAAGCAUACCCAGACAAAUAUGCCUUUCUUGCAGACUACCAGUACUCUCUAGGAACUGAUCAGCUCACACUUUUUGGACAGCAGGAGAUGAUCAAUUCGGGAGCCAUGUACUACGAACGCUAUGAGCAGCUUGCGAGCCACGUUACACCAUUCAUUAGGACUGCAUCAGAAGCACGCGUGGUGCAAUCGGCCCAGAAUUGGACCCAGGGCUUCCACAAGGCGAAGGUCGAUGACAAGUUCAACGUCAGUCGUGACUCUGCUUACCCAUAUCCCAUGGUCGURAUAUCGGAAGCAGAUGGCUCUAAUAACACCCUUAGUCACGGCCUUUGUACUGCAUUUGAGGAUGGUCCAGACUCCUCUAUCGCUUCGAAAGCUCAGAGUACUUGGGCGAAGGUCUUCAUCCCUCCGAUCCAAUCACGGCUGAACUCCGAUCUGCAAGGUGCGAAUUUGACCAUAACUGAGACGGUAUACAUGAUGGACAUGUGCCCCUUUAACACCGUCGCUUCGCGGAGUGGAGACAUCUCUCCAUUCUGUGCGCUCUUCAGUGAGGAAGAGUGGCACCAGUACAGCUACUACCAGACGUUGAACAAGUACUAUGGCUACGGUAAUGGCAAUCCUCUAGGCCCGACCCAAGGAGUUGGUUUCACAAAUGAACUCAUAGCGCGUAUGACCAACCAGCCCGUUGAAGACCACACAUCUACAAACCACACACUGGACGAUGACCCUGCCACAUUCCCACUCCGUCGUCAGCUCUACGCCGAUUUCAGCCACGAUAACGACAUGACUGCUAUCUUCUCGGCCGUUGGAUUGUACGAAGAAGAAGUCCCACUUUCGAACACUACCUUGACAGAAGCGCCACAGGCCAACGGAUAUAGCGCGACCUGGACUGUACCGUUUGCCGCUCGAGCGUACUUUGAGAAGAUGGAGUGCACGGGAUCGAAAGAGGAACUUGUUCGUGUCAUCAUCAACGAUCGCGUCCUUCCUUUGACCCAGUGUGGAGGCGAUCGAUUGGGUCGUUGCACUCUUUCCAGAUUCGUAGACUCUUUGAGCUUUGCAAUGGGCGGUGGUCGCUGGGAUCAAUGCUUUGCGUGA